AUUUCUGAAGAAUGGCGCUGAGUGACCUCCUUUACCCAGAUAACCCCAAGAGACGGCAAGAAUUGAUCCAUCUGCACCAGGAAUUGCUUGACUGCAUGUCCACAAAUUUCCAUGCAACAAACGAGCUGGCUGGGGUGCUGAAUGAACACCUGGGCUGUACCAUUACCCACAUUCAGAUGAGAGAGAGCAGCACUGUCAAGGAAAACUGUGACAUCAUCAUUCAAGCGAUGAGUGAGAUUCAGCAUCAGGUACAGAAGAUUGAUAGUGACAUGAAGGAAAAGCUAGAGCCUGUACUGUACCAGAAGCUGUAUGACAUCAAAGAGCCCGAGUUGGAGAAAAUUGCAAUAGCCCAUAAAGUUUUUUCCAUUGUUCUUGGAGAAGCGACUUCAACAGCUGGGAUGGUAGCUAUCAAACUUCUUAGCUCCAAUCUUAUAACUCUCACUGUGAGCAAGCUUGUGAGUCUCCUUGCACAGAUUGGGGCAUCUGUUCUUGGAGGAAUCAGCAUCACCAUUCUUGGGCUUGGCAUUGAAAUGAUCCUCCACACCAUCCUGGGAGCCGUGGAGAGGAAUCAGCUUCUGGCAGCUGUGAGAAGCUACGAGAAGCACCUGGCUGAGUUUAAAGCAGCCUCAGAAAAGUACCAGUGUGCCAUACGUGAAGUGACUUCUUUGGUGAGACAGCAGGUUCAGUGAAUGAAGUCGGAGUUCUCUCUCCUGCAGCAGCUACGCCCGCAGAAGCCUUUUUGAUUCAUUAUGGUGAAUGAACUACUGAUGACUUUUUUUCUUUUUAGUGGCAGCAGAGCAAGAGAUGUGACAGAUCAGUGAAUUGGCACUGAAAUAUAUUAAUAGGGAACUGGCUUACAGGUGCUUCUGGGAGGCAACACUUCAAAUACUUCGCACCUUUCCUUCAGCUAUUUUAUGGAAUGCAUUGUAGAUAACCUUGAACUGUAAUUCAUACUAGUGACAAUAAUAUUCACUGCUGGAGCAGUAGUGGUGAGAGGGUGUGUUUUUUCCCUUACUGUGUUUCUAUAUCAAAGAUGACAACAUGAUGAGAGAAAAAAAUUUCAACAAGCCAGUCCAUGUCAUUGUCUGGAGGGCUCAUCAGGACAGCUGUGGUUGCUAAACUCUUAGUAUGGAUUAGUGCUAAAUCUGAUAGGCUGAAUUCCCUGUUCAUUGAACUGCUUACAAGGACUAGCUGAAGCAUAUUUAACUGCUAUUUCCUGUCCCAUCCCUGCCUAAGGAGCCAGCCAGAGAUCUUCUUUAAAUAAACUCUAAUCCCGGUAGAUUAGCAAGUAAGAGAAGCAUGGGCCUACAGGCAAACACAUAUAGACUUGCCCCACAACUGAGAGAAACCGGCUGUAGUGUUCCAGGCAUGCCUGGCUGUGAAUAACCUCUUAUGCUCAGUAAUGCCCCACUCCUGCCAACCCACAGGUAAAUAUUUCCGUGCACAGUUGCUGCUCUGUUGAUUGAAAUGCGAUUAUGCGCACGUACAAGUGUCUGUAGGAUUACAGCCCUAUUAAUGCACUAAAUUUAUUUUCACGUGCUUUACCCAGUCCCACCGAUGUGGGACUGCCAAGAACGUGCUCAGAUUCUACAUUUCACAAUAUGCUUAGGACAUUUCACAAUGCCCUUGUUUUUCAGAUUUUAAAAACAAAGCUGGAGGCAAGAACAUGAUUUGCAGUCUCUUGCUCUGAUUUGCUGUGGUUUGCUUUUUUUGCUUUGAUCUUUGGAAAACAAAAAAAAGGUAAUUUAAGAAUUAAUAAAAAUGUACCUGAAUAUCAUAAGA